GUGUUUUUGCGUAUAUGUGUUUGUGUGUGCGUGUAUGUGUAACAAAGUUCUACUCUGCAAACGAAUUAAGCAAAGCCGAGCAAUUCGCAAAAUAAGGUUUCUUUGCUAGUUUUAAACAGAAAAAAAUCAACUGAAUGCUAAAUAAAUAAAUUAAACAACGAUUAAAAUAUUCUCAAGGUUUCAGCGGAAGCAUUGUUGCGGAAAAGCACAAGGAUAUUCCUGCCGGCGACAACGACGACAAGUUUUCUCAGUAGCAGUCAGCAGCAGCAGUUGUAGUAAUAGCAGCAACAACAAUAACAGCAACAUCAAGAGCAACACACAAAUCACAGCAGAAAAAAAGAACAGCGGAAAGAGAAAGAAAUAUCCGUGGUAAACAGCUGCAAAAUUCAGCGUAAGGCGAGAAAAAGUGAAAAAUUGGCCCGUAAUAAGACUGUAAGUGGUAGUGGUGGUGGUUACAACGAUAAAGGAGACGGCAAGUUAUCUACUACCGGCAUUUAUGACAAAUGUGAUAGUGGUAGCAGCAGCAACAGCGGCGGCAAGUCCUUUCGGAAAUCAGUUGGCGGUGGGUGGUGGCGGAGGAGGUGCAGAGAAUUGUUGCCCAGCAAAGGUAACCAAAUUGGAAAUUUUACCGAUCGAGCAGGAAGAAGAGGAACCAUUUGGUGGACCUUUGACCAGGGCACGUAGUGGUAGUUGUGGCCAGAAACGUAACACAAGGGGUGACUUGAAUGAGAGUGAAGAGACCACACCUUUGCUUUUGUUGCUGACACAAAGGCUUAAGGGUGCUGACGCUAGUGGCGGUGGAAAUUUCAGCGAACUUCUUAAAGCUGGCUCCUUUUCGGGUGAUAUUUUGUUGGCAUCCACAUCUACGACAGCAGCAGCUGCAACAAGCAAUCGUUCGAAUAUGUCCGAAAAUGGCUGUAAACAUUUUCAGGCUUAUGUUAAGGAAAAUUCUUUGGACACGUAUCGUAUUAUAGAUGCGUACUUUUCGGCCUGCAUUAACAGGGAUGCACGUGAGAAGAAGGCUUUAACUUGUUGCUGUUUCGAAUGCGGUAGCUAUGGUAUUCAGUUAUUCGCCUGCUUGCAUUGCAUCUAUUUUGGCUGUCGUGGUUCCCACAUCACCACCCACUUGCGCCAAAAACAUUCCAUAGCUCUGGAACUGUCUCAUGGCACACUGUAUUGUAAUUCAUGUCGAGAUUACAUUUACGAUGGACGCUCAAGGGAACUUGCUGCCGUCAAUCGUAAAUUAGAGGCUAAAGAUUUACAAAAGAGUCUAGCCUGGACCCCUUGGAUUCCCUCGCCGAAGGAGACAAAUUUAAUGCUGGCCAAUCCAAGGCGUCGCAAUGUCAGGGCUAAUGAAACCCUGGGUCUAAGAGGUCUCAUUAAUUUAGGUUCCACCUGUUUUAUGAAUUGUAUUGUACAGGCUUUAAUACACACCCCACUUUUAUGUGAUUACUUUCUAUCGGAUCGCCAUGAAUGUAGUGCAAAAUCAUCAAUGAAAUGUUUAGUUUGUGAAGUUUCUCGUUUAUUCCAGGAAUUCUAUUCAGGUUCCCGCACUCCCCUCUCCCUACAUCGUUUAUUGCAUUUAAUAUGGAAUCAUGCCAAACAUUUGGCCGGCUAUGAACAACAAGAUGCCCAUGAAUUUUUCAUUGCCACUUUGGAUGUUUUACAUCGUCAUUGUAUUAAAGCCAAAGCUGAAACAGAAAGUGCCAAUAAAUCGAGUUCUUCACAGACAACAACCCACUCGAAUUGCCCGACUCAAUGUAAUUGUAUUAUAGAUCAAAUUUUUACCGGUAUGCUACAAAGUGACGUUGUAUGUCAGUCGUGUAAAGGUGUAUCAACUACCAUAGAUCCAUUCUGGGAUAUAUCACUGGAUUUGGGGGAAGCACAUGGUGGUGCCACACCCAAGUCGCUGAUUGAUUGUUUGGAACGUUACACACGUGCCGAACAUUUGGGUUCGUCGGCAAAAAUUAAAUGUUCUACAUGUAAAUCGUAUCAGGAAUCAACAAAACAAUUUAGCCUGCGUACAUUACCUAGUGUGGCUAGUUUCCAUUUGAAACGCUUCGAACAUUCAUCGUUAAUAGAUAAGAAAAUUUCGACGUUUAUAUCGUUUCCGGUGGAGUUCGAUAUGACACCGUUUAUGUCGGAGAAAAACAAUGCCUAUGGUGAUUUUCGUUAUUCCCUAUAUGCUGGUAAUCAUGUGGGCACAAUUGAUGCCGGUCAUUAUACGGCCUAUGUGCGACACCACAAGGAUACCUGGGUGAAAUGUGAUGAUCAUAUUAUAACGACGGCAACACUGAAACAAGUUUUGGAUAGUGAAGGAUAUUUAUUAUUCUAUCAUAAAAAUAUAUUGGAGUACGAAUAAGUUAGACUGGAAUAAACACAAACUGAAUAAUAAAUAAACACAACUUUUUAAACUACUUAAAAUUAAACAAACAAAAGAAAGAAAGAAACCAACAAACAAAAAACAGAGAUCCUAGAACCAACCUUCAAAUGCAAGAACAACAAACAA